GGCACGAACGGCAGCCAUAUUUUAUUGUACGCUUGCACGCCGCGGUCGCCAGAGAAAUUUGGUGCCGCCAUUUUAGCUUCUUGUUAGUUGUUGUGACCAAAUAGUGAAACUUGUAAAUUAUUGAAUACAGUGCAGUAAAAUAUAAACCAAGAUGAGUUACGGAAGGCCGCCGCCGCGUAUAGACGGCAUGGUGUCGUUGAAAGUGGACAAUCUUACUUACCGUACAACGCCUGAAGAUCUGCGUCGUGUGUUCGAAAGAUGUGGUGAAGUUGGUGAUAUUUACAUACCCAGGGAUCGCUACACUAGAGAAAGCAGAGGAUUUGCUUUCGUCAGGUUCUACGACCGCCGCGACGCGGAGGAAGCCCUGGACUCUCUGGAUGGACGCAUGCUAGAUGGCAGGGAGCUCCGUGUACAGAUGGCUCGUUAUGGGCGGCCAUCGUCACCAUACAGAAGCCGUUACGACCGUCGUCGCAGCAACUCGCGUUCACGGUCUCGUUCACGUCGUCGAUCCAGGUCUCGUUCCCGUUCCCGAAGGCGAUCGCGCUCGUACAGCCGUAGCCGCUCUCGCUCUCGCAGUCGUUCCGACUCGAAGAGCUCGCGAGGGCGGUCUCGCAGCCGCUCCCGCUCACGAUCUCGCUCCAGGCAUUGAACUGCUGAGUAGAGAGUACCAGCUGUGAGCUGAAGUGCUGUACUACAUGUCUCUCUGAGCAGCCUUCAGCCAAGGUACUAAACUCAUCAGUAACUCAUAAGCCAUCCACAGACCUAACUAUGAUCAACAUAGUGGCAAAACAUGCAACGUAACAAAUUAUAUUUUAAGUUCCCUUAACUUUAACAUAGGCUAACUGCAUAAUGUAAGAAUUGUAUCUCUACAGACUUUCACACUUAAUUUUUUCUUUGUAUAGAACUUUCAUGAAAUUCUCAAACAUAUCUUAUAAUAUGGAUUACUGAAUACAAUAAACUGAAUUGAGUUUAUUUCAUGUGUUGAAAUACUUUUAGUUUUAUAUUUUUUACUGAGUUAGGGAAUUUGUUAAGAGUAGUCAGUCACUUGUAUUUGAGUCUUCAUAUUCAUAUUGUACUAGAUUAAAAUGUAUGUAAUUAAUCAGCACUAGGUGUAAGACCACUGUGGUCUAAGAUAUUAUUUCAGGUUUAAUAUAACAAAAUAACUGGAAGAUCAUGUGUACCUACCACUCCACAAGUGAUUAUUGGGCUAAAUUGGGCAUUAAUGUGGGACAUCAUCAUUCAUAAUUCUUGGUAAAUAACUCAUAAGAAUGUGAUGCCUGGAGUCCUUAGUUUUGUACUUUUAUGUUUAACAUUGUCAAUAUGUAUUAUCUUAAGUAGUAGGCCUUUGCUUAUGCCAAAACCUUUUAGUCAUCAGUUUUUUGUUAGGCUUGAUAAUUGAAAACAUGAGUGCACUCAAUUUGUAUUUAAAAGUGAAGCCUACAUUAGAGAGUGAAAGGUUUAGGUUGCUUUAUUAGUAGACUACAAUAUAAUCAACAAAGUAGAGCAUGCGGCCUAUUACUUACGAGUUUUACUUUAAGUACAGCAUUUGUUGCAAAUAUUUUAGAUAAAACUGAUCCUGUAAUAUUAAUUGAAAUGUUGGUAUGCUCAGGGCGUGGAGUACGCGGGGAGCGAGGCUGUAUGCGGGGAGGGGGGGUUUGCUGUUUGCUGACAACUGCUGAAUUGCUGUUGUUGCCGUACAUAAGUUAUGAGUAAACUUUUAUAUUUAUUGACGAGUCACGCAUAAAGUAGGUACUUGACGACUUGUACGUAACACCAAAAUGUAUAUGAUUGUAGUUUUAAAACACGGCACGUAGGACGAUUCGCGCACAUUACUAAACUAAUUUCACUCAUUCAAUUUAUCAAAGUGCCAACUCGAAAGUUCUUCGAUUUGUCGCCUCUUGUAUCAGGGGUAUCAAUGUAACUGCGUCACGAACAACCACCAAAUUAGAACAAGUGCGCGUCGUAGGUGGCGGCCGACAGACCAGCAGACUGCGAACUAAUAUACUCGUUUGUUUGGCAGGCCGGUGCAGCACGCUGGCCUGUUUGCUGUGGCAGUAUCCUGUGCUGAUUUGCAGAUUCGCAUGCGGCUAGGUUUAUUGGUAAAAUGGAACGCCCUCCCUGCCUCUCCGGUUAACGAGCGAUCUAAGUACAUGAUGCGGUUAACUUUUUUCUUUUUAUUUAGCACUAGGAUCUCUCGGUAACAGAUACAAAGGAUUGAUUGUUUGUACCUUUCAUUACAUGAAGAUUACUGAAGAUCGUCAAAGAUGAAGACGCCGUGCACAGGAUUUAAGUAGGUUUUGUCGGAAAUAAACUAAUUUAAGGAAA